GGGGGCUUUUAAAACGGCCACUAGUCUCAAUGUAGGACGUGAUAUGACAGCGUCAGUGAUACUUCAUCCCCGCUGGAUCGACACGGUGAUGUUCGUCUACGACAAUAAUUUGGAUGAAAUUAAUAAAAACAUGGAUGGAUUUUCAGGAGGGAACUUCACAGCAAAUCAAUGCAGGAAUCUGAUGGCCCAUCCAGCAUCCUUAGCCCCCAGUUCUGCCUACUCGACAACUGAAGUACCAGCCUCUGGCAUUGUUGAACCUGUCAAACAGUGUAGUCCUUGUCCUGCAGCUCAAACUUCCUCCAGUGCGUCUCUUCCUUAUGGAUACUUUGGGAGCAGUUACUAUCCCUGCCGAAUGAGCCACCAUAGCAGCAUUAAGUCCUGUGCGCAGCCCUCCAGCUUGUCUGGUUAUCCUGCUGACAAAUACAUGGACACGUCCGCCGGCGAGGAAUUCACCAGCCGAGCUAAGGAGUUUGCUUUCUACCAAGGUUACGCGGGGCCAUACCAACCAAUGCCCAGCUAUCUGGACGUACCUGUGGUCCCCACUAUCAGCGCUCCGGGAGAACCGAGACACGAAACGUUAUUGCCCAUGGAGAGUUACCAGCCCUGGGCAAUCACCAAUGGGUGGAACGGGCAAGUCUGCUGUUCGAAAGAGCAAUCUCAAGCGACCCACCUCUGGAAGUCGAGUCUGCCAGACGUCGUAUCGCAUCCUUCGGACGCGAGCUCUUUUCGGCGUGGAAGAAAGAAGAGGGUGCCUUACACCAAGGUGCAAUUGAAAGAACUUGAACGGGAAUAUGCUACCAAUAAAUUCAUUACCAAGGACAAGCGAAGGAGAAUAUCGGCAUCAACAAACCUCUCUGAAAGACAAGUCACGAUUUGGUUUCAAAACAGACGAGUUAAGGAAAAAAAAGUUCUCAGCAAACUGAAAAGUAACAGCUAGUGCGACAA